GUGCUUUCUGUCCUCGCCUAGUCUCCGGUGCUAUUCAUGAGAGACAUCAACCGAGGCCAUUGAAGACACAGAGCAGAUUGAGGAAAUGGAAACGCAACGAGGAAUAGUCAUCGAGCCUGAUGAUGUCAGUGGCCAAGAUUCAGUCGUUGCUGAGACAACAAUUACGGAACUAUCGACAACCAGCUUGAAUAGUUCCAUUCUCGACUACAGGAGAGAAAAUGGGAGAACAUAUCACAAGUUUCAUGACGGACAGUAUCACUUUCCUAACGACGAGGCUGAAAAAGAGCGGCUGGAUCUGCAACACCACAUAUUCUACCUCACACUCAACGGAAAACUGGGCCUUGCUCCACCAAACGACCCAAACUCCGAGGCUGAGCGGGUGCUAGAUCUUGGCACUGGCACCGGUAUCUGGGCUUUGGAUUUUGGGGACGAGCACCCCGAAGCUGAGGUCAUAGGCAUUGAUCUCUCACCCAGUCAGCCUCAGUUUGUCCCUACCAACGUUAAAUUCGAAAUCGAUGAUUUCGAAGACGAGUGGACGUAUUCGAAGCCAUUCCACUAUAUCCACAGCCGGAUGAACAAUUCCAGCAUCUCGAACUGGGAAGAGUACAUUCGGAAGUCAUUCCACCACUUAGUUCCAGGCGGCUACGUCGAAUUUCAAGAAUUCACUCUCCCUCGGUCUGACGAUGGUACCCUCACCGAACACCACGCCCUCUACAAAUCAAUGCACCACCUAGGUGAAGCAGCCGCGAAACUCAACCACGCCUUCAUCGACCUUAAGACUAUUAAGCCCAUGCUUGAGAAAGCAGGCUUCGAGGGCGUUCAUGAGUACCACUACAAAUGGCCCUCUAACGACUGGCCACGUGAUGCCAGCUACAAGGAGCUUGGCUCUUGGAAUCACCAGAACAUCGUUACGGGUCUGCAGGGAUUUCUGAUGGCGGCACUGACCAGGGGCCUUGGGUGGGGGCCGGAAGAGGUGAACGUUCUGGCUGCAGAGGCGAAGAAAGAUAUGCGUGAUAGAAGUGUGCAUGCUUAUUGGCCCAUGAUUGUGGUGACAGCAAGGAAGCCUGAGUGCAAAGAGGUUAGGGUUACUGCAUAGGAUUCAGGAGGUUAAGACACAGGGGUAGAUUGACGAGUACAAGAACUGAACAUUUAUUCAUACUAUCUGUGAAGCAUUCGCUCCAUACACUCAACGGACUAUCAUGAC